AUGUGUCUAUCCUUUCAAUGUGUCUAUCCUUUCAAUGUGUCUUUCAAUUGUCUAUUCUUUCAAUGUGUCUAUUCUUUCAAUGUGUCUAUCUUUCUUUCAAUGUGUCUAUCCUUUCAAUGUGUCUAUUCAAUGUGUCUAUUUCAAUGUGUCUAUCCUUUCAAUGUGCCUAUCCUCAAUUCUAUCCUUUCAAUGUGUCUAUCCUUUCAAUGUGUCUAUCCUUUCAAUGUCUAUUCUUUCAAUGUCUAUCCUUCAAUGUGUCUAUUCUUUCAAUGUGUCUAUCCUUUCAAUGUGUCUAUUCUUUCAAUGUGUCUAUCCUUUAUCUUUCAAUGUGUCUAUCCUUCAAUGUGCCUAUUCUUUCCAAUGCGUCUAUCUUUCAUUCAAUCUAUGUGUAUCUUUCAAUGUGUCUAUUCUUUCAAUGUGCCUAUUCUUUCAAUGUGUCUAUCCUUUCAAUGUGGCUAUCCUUUCAAUGUGUCUAUUCUUUCAAUGUGUCUAUCCUUUCAAUGUGUCUAUUCUUUCAAUGUGCCUAUUCUUUUAAUGUGUCUAUCCUUUUUUAUCCUUUCAAUGUGUCUAUUCUUUUUCGUCCUAUCCUAUCCUUUUCAAUGUGUCUAUCCUUUCAAUGUGUCUAUUCUUUCAAUGUGCCUAUUCUUUUUCAAUGUGUCUAUCCUAUCCUUUCAAUGUGCUAUCCUUUCAAUGUGUCUAUUCUUUUCAAUGUGUCUAUCCUUUCAAUGUUCUAUCCUUCAAUGUGUCUAUUCUUUGCCAAUGUGUCUAUCCUUUUUCAAUGUGUCUAUUCUUCUUUUCGCCUAA